UUUUUGAGAAAGGGUGAGAAAUUCUCACCCAUUUUUUUUCUGAGAUGAAAACACUGUAUGCUAACAAGUUUUGAAAUUUUAGCAGCCCGUUAUUUAUAGUAGCCACCUAGUUUGCACACCCCUAAGCACGGCCCUAGAUACAUUAAAAGUGUAUGUUUUAUUUCGAUUUUUAAAGGAUAAGUUGCUCAUGCAGACAUGUAGCAAAUAUUGUUUUUUGAAGAGACUUUACUUAAACUAAUAAUGUCUUCAACUAAUUUUGUUUUUGACGUGUUUGAGAAAGAGUAAAAAGAAGAAGAGUCGUGGGAAGAAAACCUUCUAUAUGCUAUAAGUGGAGUGUGUGAUGUAGAAGAGCAAACACGUGUCUAAUGGUAUAUUUGUUCAAUAUCAGGGCUCGGCGAGAGUCACUUUUCUCACUUAAAGUCACUAUCUUAAAAAAUAGUAACUUUUAUUUACUAUUUUUAAGCCCUUGUCACUUACCUCACUUUUUUUUAAAAUUUUUUAUUUUUAUUUUCAAUGCAGCAGGCGAUACAGACAUUAUCCUAAUGCCAUCUUUUUUUUAUUGCGUUCCACGAUUUUUCUUUUUCAAUCCCAUAAAAAACUUUGCUUUCCCCUCCCCCUUAUUGUCCUGUCCUAGUGCCUCACCCAAAUGGGUGAGGGUAAAGCGCCAAUGAAAUUGCUGAUUCGCGAAAUCCGAGCAAGGAGUUUCAAAUGCUGUAUGACGUCACCGUUAGAGAUUUCACGUUCUUCAUCUGAAAUUUAUUUCAUUAAUCAUACUUUCGUUUGCUCUACUUUGGAUUAUGGAAUUUUAUGGAAAUUGGAAUUUCAUUUUCUAGUAUAUGCGGGAUGCAUGGGACUUGUUUUUCUAAUACAAGGUUUUAACUGUUAAUGAUGGGUAAAUGCACAUUUAAUCCAAUAUGACUUAAGAAAGAUGAUGGCACAGGCAAAGAAGUAUCAGAAUGGGGAAAGAAACGCGAUGAUUAUUCUAUCUUCUGUCAAGUUUGUUCAUCUACUGUGAAUAUCUCUAAGGGGUUUCAAGAAAUUUCUCAGCAUGCUGGCACAAAAAAGCGUCAAGAAUGAAUGGACGUUAAAAAGAAUCCGCUUCAAUUGCGUUUAUUUAACAACAUAUCUACAAAUGAGGAAAUGUAAGCUGAAAGCAGCAGAACAAACACUCUCUGUACCAUUUAUCUUCAUAGUGAAAAAGAAUCUGCUACUGUUGCCGAACUUAUAUAGGCAAUGAAAACUGUUGCAUCAAAUAAUUCAGCAGCAGCAUUUUCUGGCAUUGUCGCAACUUUUAAAGCUAUGUUUCCUAACAGUAUUCCACCUUUUUCACUGAAUCCAAGGAAAAUUCAUUAUUUAAUCACAGAUGCCCUAGCUCCCUACUUUAAGCAAGAAAUUAGUAAAGAUAUAAAAAAAUUCAUUUUUUACUAUUAUGUAUGAUGAAACUACCAACUCUGCGAACAAGCAAGAAUUGCAGACUGUUGUACGUUACUGGUCAGAUGCACAGAACUGUGUGAUUUCACAACAUUUAAAAACAAUGUUUAUUGGGUCUGCAACUGCCAAAAAUAUUUUUAAAAAAUUAACAGAAGCCAUGGAUGAAAUGAAACUUCCACUAGGCAAAUUGUUGAUGUUGGGGAGUGACGGUCCCAAUGUUAACAAGAAAGUUCAUAGGCUGAUGAAUGAAGAAGUAAAACUUAUAUCGGACAGAGAGCUUGUAGACAUAGGCACCUGCAACAUACAUAUUGUCCACAAUGCAUUUUUAAAAGGUUUGAAUGAACUUGGAGAAAAUGCAGCAGAUUUGAUAACUUCUGUUUAUCAUUUUUUUGAUGGAUGGCCAUCAAGAUGGGACAAUUUUGUCAUAAUUCAGGAAAAAGAAGGAGUCCCGCACAAUAAAAUGAUUAAACAUUGCUCCUCUAGAUGGCUAACUCUGGAGCUCGCAUGCACUCGAAUGAUUGAGCAAUGGCAGGCUAUUAAUAUCUAUUUUUUGAUGUAUAUCCCACAAAGCAAAAGCUCAUUGGGCAAUACUAAUCGCCACUGUAAAAAUGUAAUGACAUUAUUAAAGAAAAGCACAAUCAAAGCAGAAUUGCACUUUGCUUUGUCAAGUGCUCAUAUUUUCACUAGUUUCACUGGUGUUUUCCAGAAAGAAGAACCACUGGUUCAUGUUUUAUAUGAUGAACUAAGUACUUUAAUUCAAACAUUAAAUAGCUGGUUUUGCAAGAAGUCAUUUUUAGAGCAGAACAUUAUAAAUACUAACAGUGUAACAUGUGAAACAAACCAUCUUCCGCUGAAGCAAGUUGUUUGUUGUGGCGCCGUUAUGGCUGAAAUAAAAUCCUUGAGUGAUAGUGAGAAGUACAAUUUCUUGAAAGCUGCAUAGCAGCAUUAUUUGGUUGCUUCCAAGUACUUAAUUGAAAAAACCUCAUUUUCUUCCAGUUUAGUCAAGAAAUUGAGGUGCUUACAUCCUCGAGAAAGAAAAAUUGCUCGAAGUAGUAGCAACAUCACAGCAGUAGCAAAAGCUCUUCAGAUAGAUGUUGCUCUUGAUAAACUGGUUGAUGUGUGGAAAGUUUUACAAUUAGAAAAAGAAAUUUCUCACAGUGACAAGAUUGAUGUUUAUUGGGGUAGUUUGUUGUCCUUGAAAACCUCUUUGAACAAAUUUAAAAAUCCUCUAGUAGCAACUGUAGUCAAAGCAGCAUUGGUUUUAUCUCGCGGCAAUGCUGAAGUUGAACAAGGGCUUUCGGUCUCUGGUAGAACUCUCACUGAUGAAAAAGCCUCUAUGUCAGAAGGAACUUUAACAUCUAUAAUGACUGUAAAAAGCAUAUUAAAAUCUUUCGAUAACAAACCGCAAUCGGUACCUAUAACAAAAGAACUUCUAAGUUAUGCACGUAAUGCCUAUCGCAAUUACGAAAAUGAUUUAUUGCAGCAAAAUGAACUGAA